AUGAGUUCUUACGUGGGCAGCUCGCUGUACAAGCAGAGCCCCCCCGCUGCCGCCUAUGCCAUGCAAAGUUAUGGAAAUUAUGGAAGUGUGGCGGAGGUUCAGCCCUCCAGGUACUGCUACGCUGGCUUGGACCUAAGCACCCCGCUGGCACCCGCGGGGGCUUCCAGCUCUCUGCACCCUCUGGACAUGGCUUCAAGCCCCCCCGAGCGACCUCCGUGCACGGUGCUGGGCUCUCCGGGGCAUCCUUUAUCCCGAGAGGAACCUUUAAACCCGGGGAUUUACAGGCAGAAGAGUAACACGGCGCUGGAGGAGCGAGCUAAGAGCACGGGCGACAUCAAAACGGAACCCGUGCCAACGAGCCAAGCGGGAGGACCCCAACUGCAGCAGCAGCAACAACCUCCACCAAUUUACCCGUGGAUGACCAAACUGCACAUGAGCCAUGAAACAGAUGGCAAACGCUCCCGAACCAGCUACACUCGCUACCAAACUCUGGAACUCGAAAAAGAAUUUCAUUUUAACAGAUAUCUCACCCGGCGGAGGCGCAUUGAAAUAGCCAAUAACCUGUGCUUAAAUGAAAGACAAAUCAAAAUCUGGUUCCAAAAUCGGAGGAUGAAGUGGAAGAAAGAUUCCAAAUUAAAAAACAAAGAGGCUCUUUAA